CGGCCAUCCAUGUUUUGUAUCGUAUAUCAUUCUAGCUUUUUUCGUUGGAAGAUAAAGAUACAUGCAAUAAAUAAGCAUUUAAAUAUAAUAAUUUGACAUUUUGAAAUAUAUUUUUUCGUGAAACCAUCAUAUAUCAAAUAUAGUGAGUCUGACUUUUGUCGGAAUAACUUGGAUCUAUUAUGAAGAAAAUAGUGUUUGUAACAUUGUGCCUUUUUGCCAGUGUAUAUUGUCGACUACAAAUUCCCAAGGGAUUCAAAUUUGGUGUGGCCACUGCGGCCUAUCAAGUCGAAGGAGGAUGGAAUCAAGAUGGAAAAGGUGAAAAUAUUUGGGAUCGUUAUACUCACACACAUAAAGAUCAAAUAAAAGAUCAUUCCAAUGGAGAUAUCGCAUGUGAUUCCUAUCAUCUAUGGAGGAAAGAUGUUGAAUUGUUGGAAGAAUUAGGAGUAGACUUUUACCGGUUUUCUUUAUCAUGGUCGAGAAUUCUUCCAACAGGGUUUUCCAACAAAAUAAAUAAAGCUGGAGUUGACUAUUACAAUGAGACAAUUAAUCUUUUGAUAAGCAAAAAUAUUGAACCAAUGGUAACACUUUAUCACUGGGAUCUACCUCAGCCCUUACAAGAUUUAGGCGGAUGGACCAAUUCCUUAAUCACCGACUAUUUUGAAGAUUAUGCCAGAGUAGCUUUCACACUGUUUGGCGAUAGAGUGAAACUCUGGAUAACAAUAAACGAGCCUGCCAGUAUAUGCAUUGACACGUACGAGAAUGGAAAUGGAGCUCCUGGAAUUAAAUCUCCAGGUCUGGGGUCAUAUUUGUGCGGAAAAAAUAUUUUAUUGGCACACGCUAAGGCUUAUAGAUUGUAUCAGGCGGACUUUAAAAAUACUCAGCAAGGCAAAGUUGGAAUAACAAUUGAUUCAAUUUGGGCAGAACCGAAAUCAAAAAGUCAGCAAGAUCAAGAUGCAUCAGAUAGAGAAAUGCAAAUGUCUUUUGGUUGGUACGCGCAUCCAAUCUUUUCCAGAAAAGGACACUAUCCAGACGUGAUGAUCGAACGUAUAGAUGCACUCAGUGUUCGGCAAAAUUUCACGAGAUCCAGACUACCGAGUUUUUCAGCCCAAGAAAUUAAACUAUUGAGAGGAUCUGCUGACUUUUUGGGUCUCAAUCAUUAUCAUACAUGGCUGGUUACCAGUAAAAAUUUUACAUCAAAUGACAUAUCGUUUUUGGCUGAUAAAGGGACAAUCCUAGAAAAAGAUCCGAGCUGGAAAGAUCCAGAAAUUUUACCGUGGGGAUUCACAAAACUUCUGUCUUGGAUAAAGGACCAGUACGACAAUCCACUGGUUUAUAUAACGGAAAAUGGCAUUGGAGAUACCACGGGAACUUUGAAUGAUACACACAGAAUUGAGUUUAUACAGGAAUAUGUUAAGGCUGUUCUCAUAGCUAUAAAUACGUACGAAUGCAAUGUUUCCAGAUACACUGUAUGGAGUCUCAUGGAUAAUAUGGAAUGGAACCAGGGAUACACUAUAAAGUUUGGAAUUUAUCAGGUCGAUUUCCAUAGUCCUGCGAGAACAAGAUCUGAAAAGAAAUCCGCUGUAUUUUAUAAGGGCUUAAUUAUGAGCACAGAAUUGGAUUGAUGAAAAGAUAAAAAUAGUAUAUUAAAUAAAAAUAUUUGGAAAUAUA